UUUACGAUGAUAUCCACCUUACCCCAAAACAAAACAGCUUCUUCAUAAUUCAUGUAUGUUGACAAAAAAGACCCGAUAUUCUGUGGUUAUAUUGUAUCAGGUAAAAGCUGUCGAGUGAGUUUCCCGUAAGUGUGUCAAAGGUCGUGCAUCCUUUUUCCCGAACCGGGAGGUCGCACUUCCUGGUAAAUCUCGAGGUCUCUACAUAACAGAAGUAAAACUGUCAUUGGCAGGCUUAUAGUCAAGAACUUGAUCACGAUGAUGUCCAUACAAUACAAACUCUCGCAUCGGCCGGUACGAAGAUGGUUCCUGUUGGUCUGUGCCAUGACGAUUAUCUAUGGAACAGCCGCCAGGAAAGAGGAAACUGUGCAAGACCAAAGCCAGAACAAUAUUGAUGUAUACGCCAAGGACUUCUCUACUUCACCUUGGAUGGUGAACCAAGUGCCGUAUGUUAUAUAUCGCCUGGCUGUUGCCGCCAUCUCCUUGUCUUACCUCCUGUUUGAUCUAUGGAGCAAGUGUACAAACCGCCAGGCCGUGUACUGGACCACUCGCUACACGCACUGGGGCUGCACUCUUCUUGUUCUACAUUUCUGCUGGAGCGCCGUUCUCGCUUACAACUACCACGUCAGCCCGCCAUCCUACCGGCAUGCACCGCUGCAGUGGUACCACCACGUCUCCAGGGCGCUCUUCAGCGCCUCUCUCGCUCCCAGCCUCGCCAUCGCAAUCCUCUACUGGUUCGUCAUCACCCGAACAGGGCCGGGAACCGUCAUCAAACACGGGUGUAACACCCUUCUAGCAAUACUAGACGUGUUCAUCAGUGGGUACCCGUUACACAUCAGCGAUGUUGUGUACUCGAUGUACUUGAUAGCGGCGUACAAUGUUUUCAUUGCAUGGUUGUGGAAGAUGGGCUACCAUGCAGGGGGUUACUAUCCACCCGUGAUUGACUUCAGUAGAAGUGUAAGAAAGACCGUUUCUUUCAUGGCGCAAGUCGCUCUGAUCGUGCAACCGGCGUUUCAUCUAGUGUUCUAUGCGUUAUACUGUAUGAGGGAGUGGAUGGUACAUGUGUGAUUGGCGCUAUGAAGGGCCGGUCACAUAUGUCGCGCUACCGUCGUACGAUCACAUAUUGGGGGGAUUCGUGGGACA